AUGACGAUGUCAAUUACGCAAGAGCAACUUCGAGCUAUCAUCUUCUAUAAAUGGCGUGGCGGCACCGGAACAACGGUAGCAGCCCGCAACAUCAACAGUAGACUGGGCGAGGACACCACUGCCAUCAAGACUGACAAGCGCUGGUUCGCUCGCUUCGCAAGCGGAGAGACCAACUUCGAAAACAAGCCCCGGUCGGGACGCCUCAACACUGUCGAAGACUCCACCAUUCUCGAAGCUGUCAAAGAGGAUACGGAGAUCAACACUCACAGCCUUGCAAAGAGACUCGGGUGUAGCCAUUCAACGGUUCUCAGUCGAGUCGCCCUUGGCUACAGAAAAGUACUGGCUUGA